UCCCUCAUAUAUAUCACUAAUCCAAGCAACCAUAAACUUUAAGAAGCGUACUUAGAAAAAGAAUACAUGCUAAUCUUAAGCCGAACUUCUAGGCCAAUAUUCAUAAUAUACCAAAGUCUCUCUAUAUAUUUUCUUCAAUGCAUGCAACCUUUCCAUCAAUCAAUAUAGCAAAGUAACAAAAGAUGGCUAGAGGAAAGUGGAGUAUCUUGGUGGCCUUCUUUGUCUUACUUAUCUCCAUGGAAGCUUCCAUUGCUCAAGGACAAGGAAAUGGCAAUGGUAACGGUAACAAUGGGAACGGUAAUGGUAAUGGGAACGGUAACAAUGGGAACGGUAAUGGUAAUGGUAAAGGUAACAACGGUAAUGGUAAUGGUAACAACGGGAAAGGAAAGGAGAAGGCGAAAGAACCCAAAAGGAAGACACCGAAAGAUGAUGAAUCAGCGAUGUCUGAAAAGUUGCCAGCUCUGCAGUCGGGACAGGAGCGAGCAUUCUGCAAAGCGAAAAAUACUUGUCAAUUCAAGACACUUGUAUGUCCUGAAGAAUGCAAGGUCAGGAAGCCAAAGAAGAACAAGAAGGGUAAAGGUUGUUUCCUUGACUGCAGCAGCAAAUGUGAAGCCACUUGCAAGGUUAGAAGAGCAAACUGUAAUGGCUUUGGUUCAUUGUGCUAUGAUCCUCGCUUUGUUGGUGGUGACGGUGUGAUGUUCUACUUCCACGGAGCCACGGGAGGAAAUUUUGCGAUAGUUUCAGACGACGAAUUCCAAAUCAAUGCGCACUUCAUUGGUACUCGACCUCAGGGAAGGACACGCGACUAUACAUGGGUGCAAGCACUUUCUGUCAUGUUCGACGCGCACACUCUUGUUAUUGCAGCCAAUAGAGUAACUCAAUGGAAUGACAAUGUUGACUCUCUUACCGUGAAAUGGGACGGCGAAUUAGUAACCAUUCCUACUGACGACGACGCGGAAUGGAAGACUAAUGGAGAUGAAAGGGAAGUGGCUGUGGAGAGAACAGAUGAUAAAAACAGUGUUAGAGUCACAGUUUCUGGUUUACUUGAAAUGGACAUAAGGGUAAGGCCUAUUGGAGAAAAAGAAAACAAAGCUCAUAAUUACCAAUUGCCAUCAAAUGAUGCUUUUGCUCAUUUGGAGACACAGUUCAAGUUUAAAAAUCCUACUGAUUUUAUUGAAGGAGUUUUGGGUCAAACUUAUAGGCCAAGUUAUGUUAGUCCUGUAAAGAGAGGUGUUGCUAUGCCAAUGAUGGGAGGAGAAGACAAGUACCAAACUCCAUCCCUCUUUUCAACAUCCUGCAAACUCUGUAGGUUCCAGAGGCCUUCUUCUAGCCAAGGACUGGUUGCUCAAUAUUGAUCAUAUCACGGAUCGUGAAAAAUAAAAGUGAUGCCCUGUGAUUGAAUCGGUGAUGUUUUUUUUUGGUUUUGUUGUGUUGUAAUGUUUCCAGAUAAAUAAGGGCCUAAAAUGUUGCCCAUGAUCCAUAUUUUCGUCGAAAUUUGUACUGAAUAAUUUAUUUUGAUCUUUUGUUAAAGUGAUUAUAUCUUUA